AUGAAUGGUGGUCCAAUUUCGGGUAAAGGUGGCGGAUUAUCUGGAGCAGGUACAAGUUUUGUGGGAGAUACCAAUAUUAACAGUCGUACUGGCGGAACAUUUGGUGGAUAUAAAUUUGACCCUGUAACAGGAGAAUUUAUUCCACAAAUUACAACUGCUCCAACAACAGCAACUGCAGCUAAAUUACCAUGGUAUGAAAGAAUGACUGUCAAAGGUAAAGAAUUACUUGGAGCAGAAGGUUCUCGAGUUGCCGCUCAACGUGGUUUUUUGCAAACUUUACGUGGUAAAAACGAACAAACCAAAUCUGGCAGUUUAGAACGUCAUAAAAAAAUUGGUAGUGCCGUUGGUGGAGCAAUUGGAUCAACAGCAGGUGGAAUGAUUGGUAGUUGGGCCGGAGAUAAGCUUGGUAAUUGGGUCGGUGGAAAGUUUGGUGGAAGUAAACCUUCUACUCAAAAAGGACCUACUUGGUCACAACGCCAACAAACUAAAGCUGAAACUCAAUAUGCUAAAGAUAACUUCUUAAGUAGUUAUGGCUCAAUGCAAAAAGCAAAUCCUAACGCUGGAUUAGGGUCAGGAAAAGAUGCUUAUCGAACAUUAAGCGCCGCUCAAAAGGGUAAUGCUAAAGCAAGAACUGCAGCAAUGCACUAUGCUGAUGCAAUGGCGAAUGGCGAUACUGCUGGCGAUGGCAAAGUCAAAAAACUUUCUAAGAACAUCAAGAAGGUGAAAAACAAGAACGCUAAGGUUAAGGCUAAAGUUUCUGGAGAAGGUAAAGUUAAAAAGCUUUCUAGCAAUAUCAAAAAAGUUAAGAAUAAGAAUGCUACUGUUAAAGCUUCAACUAGUGGCGAAGGUAAAGCAAAGUCAUUAGCUAGUGCAAUUAAGAAAGUCAAAAGCAAGAAUGCAAGUGUAAAAGCCAGCGUUAGCGGACAAUCUAAAGCUAAAUCAUUAAGUAGCGCAAUUAAUCAAGUUCAAAACAAAAACGUCAGUGUUACAGCUACUGUUACAGGAACAGGUAAGGUUAAAGCAUUAAAAGCAGCGAUUGAUACCGUUAAGGAUAAACCAGUUAGCGUAACUGCUUCGGUUAGUGGAACUGGGGCUGUUAGAUCUUUAGCAGCAGCGAUUAAUGCUGUUCAUUCUAAGACGGUUACAAUUACUGCAAAUGUUGUUAAGAAUGGAGCGUUAGCAACGGGUACUCCAGGGGCUUCAAAAGCAUUUGGUGCGUUAGCGACAGGAACUCCUGCAGCAACAACUACUGAAUGGUCAUCAAACGGUGGAACUAAAAAAGGUGUAUACCUUGUUAAUGAUGCCCCUGGUCCUGAUUUUGUUGAAGCGUUCAAAACAAAAGGUGGCUUGAUUGGGCUAUUCCCUAAGCAACGGAAUUUACUUGUUCCAUUGCCAGAAGGUACUCAAGUACUUAAUGCCAAGGAAACUAAAAAGAAAUUCCCAAGACUUGAAAAAGGUACGCAGAAAUUUGAUAUGCCUAAAUUCCCUAAGUUAAAACUGGGCACUCCAGGAGCAACUAGAGAUUUUGGUCAUAGUGGGGAUGUACAAAAUAACGUUCAAAACCACACUUCAAAUAACAAUACUUUUAAUAUCAAUGUUAAUGUUAACGGUGGGAAUGCUGGAACAAACUUAGCAAACAAUAUUGCUAAUGCAAUUGGAGAAAAGCUAAGACAACAAUUCCCAGUAGCUGAAAUUUAG